CUCUUGUAGGUGUUAAAAAAAUACUAAUCGGCAGUAUUGGUCGUCUAGGUAUCGAGCAACUGGAAGUGCAUUUCUUCAUGUUAAUGAAACAUCUUGAAUAGUGAUGAAGUCUGUUGAGCUCAGAGCAACCUGAAAUAGCAGCAAAUCGGUUGAUAGCUCUUACUCUCGACUUGGGUCCUUCAUCGCAACUGUUGUUUCCUUUUGUUUUUUUAACUCAUCACAAAGUUGUUCAAUUAGUCAACUUCAAAGUAAACCAGCAAAGAUGAUCAACAUAAGUCGCAUCCUUGUUUGUUUCGUCGGGUAUUUGAUGAUUCCUGCUUCAUGCUUUCCACCGGAUAUUCAAGCAUUAUCUAUUCUUGAACGAGCUGCUCCAGUUGCUCCUGAUGGCUACACUCCAGCUGUGGUUUCAUGUCCAGCCCAUAGGCCGACGAUCCGCGCGGCCACAGGCUUGUCGACUAACGAAACAGAUUGGCUUCCCCUUCGCACAAAUAACACAGUCCAAGCCAUGAAAGAUGUGCUCAGCCGCGCCAAUAUCAGCGGCCUCGACACCGGCAGAUACAUCGAUAACCUCACAAACGCUGGCACCGGCCUCCCAAGAGUAGCCAUCGCCAUCUCUGGUGGAGGAUAUCGAGCUUUGAUGAACGGGGCCGGUGCUCUCGCAGCAUUUGACAACAGAUCGACAAAUGCGACGGAAACCGGCCAUCUCGGAGGCCUUUUGCAGUCGGCCACGUAUCUUAGCGGUCUUUCUGGCGGCAGCUGGCUUGUCGGCAGUCUUUACGUUCAGAACUUUACGUCGGUCGAGUCCAUAAUUUCUGCUACAGAUGGAUUUCUCAGUACCAUUUGGCAGUUUGAUCACUCCAUCCUCAACGGACCCGAUGGUCUCUCCAUCACGAAAUACUACCGACAGUUGUUUGAUGAUGUUGACGGUAAGAGAGAUGCCGGCUUCAAUACAACAAUAACAGAUUAUUGGGGCAGAGCAUUAUCCUACCAGCUCGUAGACCCGAGUGACGGAGGACCUGCGUUCACUUUCUCAUCUAUAUCAAAUGAUACAGACUUUACAUCGGCUCAAGCUCCCCUGCCGUUGAUCGUCGCCAUUGAAAGAACGUCUGGACAGCUACAAAUAGCCAGUAACUCGACAAUCUUUGAAUUUAAUCCUUGGGAAAUGGGGUCGUACGACCCUGGCCUCGAAGCCUUUGCGCCGCUCCAAUUCGUCGGCUCCAACUUCACCAACGGCAGUAUUCCACGUAACGGAUCGUGCAUCGCUGGGGUCGACAACGCUGGCUUUGUCAUGGGUACCUCAUCUUCUCUGUUUAAUCAGGCAUUCUUACAAAUUGGAAGGGUAGAAGGUGUGCCAGAAUUCUUGAUCAGCGCGAUAAAUGCGACGCUGGCAAACGUUGGCACAGAAAACAGAGACAUUGCGAACUGGCCGAAUCCAUUCUUUAGAUACAACUCCAGCGGGAAUUUGAACGCCAAUUCCACGGUUCUGGCUCUCGUGGACGGUGGAGAGGACUUACAAAAUAUCCCCUUGCACCCGCUGCUUCUGGCCGAGCGAGAAGUCGACGUCGUGUUUGCUGUCGAUGGCUCUGCUGAUACAGCAACGCUGUGGCCAAAUGGAACUGCUAUGGUGGCUACGUUCAACAGAUCAGAGGCCAGGGUUUCGUCCAACGACAGCAGAUUCCCAGAUGUGCCCGAUCAGAAUACCUUUGUGAAUCUGGGUCUGAACCAGCGGCCUACCUUUUUCGGCUGUACCAACGGCAGCAACACGCCUCGUGGGCCGCUCAUUGUGUAUAUGCCCAACGCUCCCUAUUCAUUCCAGUCCAACGUCUCAACCUUUGACCUGGAAUACAGCAUCGAGGAGCGCAACCAGAUCAUCCAGAACGGAUACAAUAUGGCGACCAUGGGCAAUGGCACGGUGGAUUCGAAUUGGCCGGCAUGCAUCGGCUGCGCCAUUUUGGCCCGAAGCCUCGUCCGCACCAGGACUAGGGUUCCUUCAAAGUGUGCGGAUUGCUUUGCGAGGUAUUGCUGGAAUGGCACGACGAAUAAUACCUUGCCGAAUACCUAUGAGCCGGCGCAGAUCCUCGCCAAUACGACAGAGCAGUCGACGUCUUCGGCUGCUCGGAUAAGCGGGACGCUAUUGCUGGGCUGCUUCGCGUUUAUGCUUGCGAUCUGAGAUCCAAGGAGCACGGGCUUGUGUGCGGUGAAAUGUGAUGUAAUAUGAAUAUGUAGUUCUCGUAACACUCUUACAUGAAAAUGGAGCUCUGAAUGGACUGUUUGACGCCUGGAUUGCGUGAAUUUUGAUGUAUGAUGAGUGGCGAGUCCGCCGACACGAAGCGAAAAUGCUGUAAGUGGCAGCACCACUACAUAAGCGAUGAACGCUUUGGAUGGAUCUCAGUUCGUCGGCCUCUCCGUAUAUAGCAGCUAAAUACCCGGAAGCAUAAUAAGUUGAGGUAAAACUUGCCGAUACGAGGCUCUAAGAGUGCUUGAAUACAUAUAAGCAGUCGGCCAAGAACCCAAAUCUCUCAGGUGCAUGAGCAAGCUACAGGAUCCGGAAGCAGCCAUCAGAAUGAUGAGAUCUCUCAGUUUGUACAUGUGCUUAUACAUCAAGGUUGCAUUAUGGCCGUCCCUCAACUUAGUACUUAUACU